AAAAAAAGGGGGGGUGGGUAGAAAGAGCAAGCAACGAGCUGGGGCUCUUCCAGGGAAAGGACCACAGAGAGUCGGCAGGUUGCCAGGCAAGCUCAGCAGCACGACCAGAGUGCAUUGAGUUUCUUUAAUGAAAGCCAGGAAAGAACACAUUACACAGUGUUUCUUCUGAGAGCAAGCUAGCCCCCAGUGAUUGGAAUCAAUAAAAACACUAGGCUCGGGGCCCACUGGGGGAGAGAGGAGAUCUCCACAACAGGCGUUGAAUGUGCUUGCCAUUUUCUCCCUCCCCUCAAAGUUAAACUUUGACGAUCCACUGGACAGAACAACUUUUCACUCUGCAGGCAGGCGGGGAGAUUCCUGUGAGCAGGGGCAGAGGGAACGUUGGGUUUCUCCUUCCUCGGGACCCGGGGCUCGUUUUCCGAAGAGCUGGCGGCGGUGGCGGCAGGGAGAGAGGAGGAAGGGGUGGUCUCAGAAGCUGGAAUCCGGUGCAGGGAAAGCACCCACCCGACAAGUGCAUCCCUCCCUCUUCCCUCUUCCUGGGGCCAAACAGGAAUGCAUUUUCUAUCAGGAGAAUGCUAAGAGAAGGAGGAAGAAGGGGAGAAGGAAGGAGACGGAACACAACAUGGGAGCUCCUUCGGCCAAGAAUGCACACACUGGAUAGCAUGUCAGUCCCCCCUGGGAGGUUCCUGGAGCUGCCGGACCGAGCGUGCUGAAAUACUAAGGUCAGCCCUGUGCGGCGCACGCGUUCUGCAACAUUUCAACACACAUGUUGGAUGGGAGUGAAGGACUCGAUAGCAAGUUAAUUAUUAGAACAGCUGGAAGUCUUCAGAAAAACCACCCCUGACUGGUUCACUAUGUGGAGCUGCGACACUUUCAAUGGUACCCAGAACAGUGAGGACCAACUCCUCUGCCAGGACUUCCACCUCAUCCUCUCCAUAUUCUCCCUCCUCUACCUCAUUAUCUGCUUCCCAAUUGGCCUCUGUUACAAUGCUCUGCUGGUCCUGGUCAAUCUGUACAACAAGGCCACUAUGACAAUGCCUGAUGUCUAUUUUGUGAACAUUGCUAUUGCUGGCCUCAUAAUCAAUGCUGUGGCACCAAUAUACCUUCUUGGACCAGCCACCAGCAAGUGGGCCAUCUGGAGCUUUACCAGUGAAGUUUAUAUCACGCUGCUGAUUUUGUUUAAUGUUUCCUCCCUGGUUAUCAUGUAUUCCACCACCUUGCUCAGCCUGGAUUACUACAUUGAGCGAGCUCUACCCCGGACUUACAUGUCUAGUGUGUAUAACACCAAGCACGUCUGUGGGUUCAUUUGGGGAGGGGCAAUGCUUACAAGCUUUUCCUCUCUGCUCUUCUACAUCUGUAGCCAUGUGUCCACUAAGCUCAUUGAGUGCUCCAAGAUGCAAAACAAGGAGGCGGCCGAUGCCAUCAUGGUGUUUAUUGGGUAUGUUGUCCCUGCCAUUGCUGUACUUUAUGCACUUGUGUUGAUUUUACGAAUACGGAAGGAGGCCACACCCCUCGAUCACGAUACUGGAAGACUGGACCCUUCUGUGCACAGGCUUCUGAUUGCCACAGUGUGUACACAAUUUGUGCUGUGGACACCUUACUAUCUAACUCUCCUGGUAAACACAUUCCUUGUCUCACAAGGAAAACUCAUGGAUGAGCACUACAUGCGGAUAUUGCAUUUCAUCAACAAUUUGUCAAAAUUCUUAGCUUUCUCUAGCAGUUUUGUGAUGCCACUUCUCUACCGCUACAUCAACAAAAAUUUUCCUGGCAAGCUACGACAGCUGAUUAAAAAAAUGCACUGUGGGCAUCAGAGGUGCUCUCAUGACCGAGCAACAGUACAGCAGGUGAUGACGUAGGAAAAAAGAAACUCUUGUGGAGCGCAAGCAUUGUGGGCGUGGGCCUUGCCACAUCAGCACAAUCCUGCUGCUUCUUACCAAGAACUUUUUUAGAAGCUCUUCGCAUUGAUACUGGAAGGGAGCUGCUAUUCUUACUGACCAAGGGAUGCUUGUUCUAACAGAGGUGGCACAGUAAUACUAACAGAAACCUCAGGCAGGUCAGAGAAGCUGGCAUUUGAGAGCACUUUCAAAGCACUGAGUCAGUAAGCUUGAGUUCUUCCCAGUUUUAAUAAUCCUGGGUAGAGAAAUGACUAAAAGGUAAAGUGAAGUCUUGAUUGGCUGUAAAGCACUUUGUUACCUGUCCAAGAAAAGGAUGAUGCUAUGUUUUCUUCCUUAGAAAAAGAUGCAAUAAUUCUAAAUGGUAUAGUCGUAGUACUCUUCUCGACAUGCCCUGUCUGCCCUUACCAGGAUGGUCAAUCUCUGGCCAAGGUAAUGCUGAUCAAAGGAACAGGCUGUCCAAACAGUCUGAAGUGAAAUAUAAGCUACAAUAUUAUUAACUUAUCUCUUUUUUUUCCCCUUAAAAUGUGUGUAUUUUGCCUAAAUGUGCAUUUUGUCAUUGAAGUAAUUUGCUCAUUUUAAACCUUUUCCAAAUUAGGCUUUUUCUAAAUGAAGUAACAAGAAUUUGGAAAUCUAGUAUUUAUACUAUGCUUGCUUACAUUAUGAAAAUACUUGAUUCUUCACUUUCUUCUUGAUUUUUUUUAAAAGGAAGCACAGAUAUUUAGUAGAAAUCCACUAAGUAUUAAAAUGGAGGAAAUAAAUGAUGGUGGAAUGUA